AUGCAUCUCCUGCAGAAAUGCGAUGCGAACUCUUUCAAGCUAGUCGAGCGCUUCGAUGAUGAAGUUCCAGAAUACGCAAUCCUGUCACAUACCUGGGGGCAUAGCGACGACGAGGUUACGUACCAGGACCUACAAAACGACACGGCCAGAAACAAAAAAGGUUAUAAUAAGCUGUUAUUCUGCGGAAAUCAAGCUUUGAAGGAUGGACUACAAUACUUUUGGGUCGACACAUGCUGCAUCAACAAGCAUAGCAGCGCCGAGCUCUCAGAAGCAAUCAACUCGAUGUUUCGAUGGUACCAAAGAGCUAAUAAAUGCUAUGUGUAUCUAUCGGACGUUGAACUAGAGAACCAGAACGAUAAUAAGAACGCUCUGCAAGGCCGAGAUCGAUGGAAACAAGACUUUGGGAAGAGCAGAUGGUUUACACGUUGUUGGACACUCCAGGAGCUCCUAGCGCCGGAAUCUGUUGAGUUCUUCUCCUCGAACCAUCAAUGGCUAGGAAAUAAACAACAGCUCUAUGAGGAGAUCAUUGAUGUCACUGGAAUUCCUGCAAGGGUCCUUCGUCGCCCACGCGUCAUCUCAGAAUUCGAUGCCAAACAACGCAUGGACUGGGCUCGUAAUCGUAAAGCCAAACGCGAAGAAGAUUAUGCGUAUUCGCUCUUAGGGAUAUGCAAUGUUCACAUGCCACUGAUAUACGGUGAAGGACGUAAGCAAGCGUUUAAGAGACUGCAUAAGGCAAUUAGAGAACGGGAAGAAGAUGAAUCUGAUCAUCCUUACGACCAUUCGACGAGUUCUUCUUCAAAGAAGAACAAUUUAUACACUACCUAUGGCGGCACACAGUACAACAAUACAGGAUCUGGCACACAACUCUCCGGCAGUUUCGCAGGACCAAUCAGUUUCAGAUGA